AUGCAAAAAAUCGAGUUCAAGGAUGGGAACUAUUCGGUUCCGUUACCAUGGAGACCAGACCACGCGGAACUACUCACUAACAGAAGGGAAUGCGAAGCCAGGCUACGUCAAGUCAUGGCAAGAUUACGUAAGUUAAACCUUCUCAACAACUACACCCAAGUAAUGCAGGAAAACCUGGACAAGGGUUUCAUCUCAGAGGGCAGCCCAGAUGACUGUGACACCGGCCACUAUUUGCCUCAUUUUCCCGUACUCCGUGACAGUGAAACAACCCCCCUGAGAAUCGUUUUUGACGCCAGUAGUGGUAGCCCAUCGCUCAACUCAUGCCUUUAUGAAGGACCUAAUAUGCUUCAAGACCUAACUGAACUGAUCAUGCUCUUUCGGACCAAACGGAUUGGUCUGUCCGCAGAUAUCGCUCGUGCCUUUUUAGCUGUGCAUUUGUUAGAAUCGGAGAGGAAGUGGGUUAGAUUCCUCUGGUAUAAAGACAAUGAUGUCUCGAAAGAACUGAUUCCUUAUCACUGUAACACUGUCAUAUUCGGAAAUGUUUCCAGCCCAUUCGCCCUCGCUAUCACUCUGCACAAGCAUCUGUCUAGUUACGAUACCCCAGUUGCCAAGGAUAUGAAAACAAAAUUCUACGUUGACAAUCUGUUAACCGGAGUCGAUUCAAAUCAGGAAGCAUUGGAUUACUUCCAGGAGUCUCGUGAGAUCAUGAACCACGCGUCUUUCAAUUUGCGCCAAUGGAGUUCAAACUCGGAAACACUCGAUGAAAGAAUCAGAUCGGAAGGAGUACAAACAAAAUCUGACAUUGUAGGGGUACUUGGACUGAAAUGGGAUACCAAAUCUGAUCAGAUUUCAGUCGCGAAAAAGGAUCUCAAAUCAUCAGGAGAACUUUCAAAACGUAAAGUAACAUCUCAGACCGCAUCAAUCUUCGACCCGCUCGGAAUUGUAGCACCGCUGACAGUCCCUGCUAAGUCUUACGUGAACAACCUGUGGAGAGGCCAAAAAACCUGGGAUGAACACUUAUCAAUCACCGAACGGCAAGAAUGGGAAACAAUCAAACAGGAGUCCCUCUCUCUCACGCACAUGCUAUCUAUACCCCGUUGGCUAGGGGGUGACACCAGCAAACCGUUACAAAUCGUAGUAUUCUGUGAUGCAUGUCCCACCACCGCCAUUGGUUGUGUCGCUUACGCUAAACAGAACAAUAAAGUCGCCCUCAUCGGCUCUAAGAACAAAGUCAUCUCAGAGAAAAAUGUCAAUUUCACAGUCCCUAAGCUUGAACUGAUGGCCAUGGUCUUGGGGGUAAAUUAUGCAGAGACCUUGCGAAAUACCUACAUCACGCAGUAUCAGACAAUCGAAGUGGUAUACAGCACUGAUUCAGAGAUAGCGCUUUAUUGGCUCAGAUCCAAUAAAAAACUCAAGCAGUUUGUUCACAACCGCGUGCAAACAAUACGUCAGAAGUCAGACUUGACUUCUUGGUACCAUGUGUCAACCAAACAAAACGCUGCAGACAUCUUAUCACGUGGUGCGACACAUCAGGAAUUGAAGGACUCUUCAUGGCUGCAGGGACCAAAAUGGCUCAAGGAUGAUAAAACCACGUGGCCUUUAACCGCACUUUCCGACCUAACCUUUAACAGUUCCGUCUCUCUGACAGCCGCGUUUGAAAUGCAAAAUGACUUCGUUGUUACAAGCAUGGUCGCAAUAACACCUGUCGCAAGUAUCAGCGACGUUAUAGCACAGGACAAGUUCAGUUCAUGGAAUAGACUUCUGAGAAUUACCGCCUUAGUAUCACGCGCUUUCAAACCCGGACUCAAAAACAGGAAUAAACUGUCUGCACAAGAUAUCGCUAACGCGGAAGAAAAAUGGAUUACAAAUCUUCAAAACGAACACUAUAAGCACGUUACGGAUUACUUGAAGUUAGAACAAAGUGGAAGGCAUAAGCUGCCUUCUCGACCCACAAUCAUCAGUCAAUUAGGGCUCGUUCUUGACAAAAAAGGAACAAUUCGUUGCGGCGGGAGGCUUACUAAUUCAGACGUCAGCUCAGACAGGAAGUACCCAAUUCUCCUGCCAAAUCAAUCCUACAUAACAACGUUAAUCGUCCGGAACGCCCACCACAACGUGGUACACUACGGCUUAGGGUCCACCAUGGCUUAUCUUCGGGAGAAGUAUUGGGUCACAUCAAUGCGCUCAACCGUUAAGAAAAUCAUCGGACAUUGUGUAAUCUGUAAGAAAGUGUCUGGGCGUCCAUAUCUGACUCCCAUCGCACCACCACUGCCAGACUUUCGGAUUAACGACUUGUCAGCUUUCAAGUCCACUGCUGUAGAUUUUACAUCACACCUCUACGUACGAAUUAAGGACUCGAUACAAAAAGUGUACGUUUGUCUCUUUACGUGUUGCACCACGCGAGGCAUACAUCUUGAAAUCACGCCGGACUUAACUGUUGAAUCAUUUUUAAGAGCUUUCAGACGUUUCACUUCAACACAUUCAGUGCCUAGCCUCAUUUACUGUGACAAUGCCAAAACGUUUACAAGCGCCGACACCGAGCUGAAACGGCUGUACAACAUUGUGGGAACAGAACAAUUCCAAAACCACCUGUCUAAGAAAGGAAUAACAUUCAAAUAUGCACCCGUACAAGCCAGCUGGUUCGCUGGCGUUCAUGAGAGACUGAUUGGUGUGACGAAACUUGCACUUAAGAAAACCUUGCGCAAAUCACUCGUUCCAAUUGAUGAGUUUCAAACUCUCAUCAAAGAAAUUCAAGCAACGGUAAACAACAGACCACUCACAUAUUUGUCAUCAGAUCCAAAUGAACUCAAAGCGAUAACACCGAAUAAUCUGAUAUACGGACAUGAUAUGUUUUUGUUGCCACACGAAGGAGAAGAUAACUUGGAUGUAACAUACGCCGGCAGAGAUAAACUUGAGAAAUUGGCGUACAAACGCGCAGAACGACUACAAACAUUCAAGAAACGUUUCUAUGAUGAGUAUCUCGCUAGGCUACGGGAACAACACCAGUACGAACUUAGCAAACAACAUGCCAAAGCUGACAUCAUUAAAAUUGAUGACGUCAUUCUUGUACACGACAAGGAUGCCAAGAGGAGACACUGGAAACUUGGGAUCAUAAAAGAACUCAACAGAGGCCAAGAUGGGCUGACCCGAUCUGCGCUUGUCAAAACUGCCACAGGGCAAUCUAACCGAGCAAUCGGAAAAUUGUAUCCGCUUGAGUUAACCGUUGACGAGAGCAUCGAACGGUCUGCGCAAAUCAAAUCUGUUCAAAAAACAAAAUCUCGACCAAAACGGUCAACCACUGACAUUACGAGGCUCAAAAUCAGAGAGCACUUGGAUUACUACGGACAGUAG